GGUUCCAGAUGCUCCCAAUCUAUCCAAGCCAAGGAUCAUCUCGUAUUCUCUUCGCUCGUACCGACGCCACACCUACAGAAUAAUUACCGAUUCAUAUGGAAGAUUCUCUUCUGUGACUCUGAUUGGUUUGAGUUUGCUCAUCUUCAGGUGCGCUGCGGUGUUGUUAUGCAAACUCCUCUGUGUUUUUUUGGUACUCUUAUUUUCGGCGACAAUGAAAUUUUAGCAGAUGUGUGGUUUGAUCAGUAGGCGACACUUGGAACAUACGUAUGUAUGUAUGUGUUUGUGUGUUUCGUGGAUGAGGCGAUCUGGUAGAGGUGGCGAGAGAGAUAAUUAUGGGAAUAUGACCCGGCAUAUAAUCAACGCACCCUUGUUUGUAUCAUUGCAGCAAGGUUACAAGGUCUUAUUACAUGUGUAUGAUUUAAGCCAGGGUCUGGCUAGGCAGAUGUCCACAACAUUUUUGGGGAAGGCUAUUGAAGCCAUAUGGCAUACAGGAAUAGUGGUAUAUGGCAAUGAAUACUUUUUCGGAGGUGGAAUACAAUGUGCUCCGGCAGGAAAAACACCUUAUGGCACUCCAAUCCGGAUCAUUGAUCUUGGUGUUACACAUAUCCCAAAAGAUGUAUUUGAAAUGUAUUUAAAUGAGAUUAGCCCGCGCUAUACAACAGAAACCUACAGUCUGCUGUCGCAUAACUGCAAUAACUUUAGCAGUGAAGUUGCACAGUUUCUGGCUAGUGCUUCAAUACCAGAUUAUAUUUUGAGUCUUCCUACCGAUGUUCUGAACACCCCCAUGGGGGCUCUCAUUUUGCCUAUGCUUCAGCGGUUGGAGUUGUCUUUAAGAGUAGGUGCGGUUCCUCAGGAACCCCAGUUCAAGCCUUCCACAGCUGCUACAGCCUUCCAGAGUGAAAACAUGUCAGUCAGUGCUGGUAGCACCGAAUCCACAAAGACAAAUGAUGAAGAUGUUGAUCAAGAAUCAAAAACUGAGUCCAUGAUACAAGAAAACCUGCAAACCACAAACAAAGCAGAUUCCCCUUCAAAUAUGGUCGUAGAAAAGCCAUCUGAUGACACCACUGCUAGGGAUCCACUUGGAGAACUUCAAAGCAGAGUUCGACAAGAGAUUGGCAAAGAGUUUGCCUCAAUCAUGGCCUCUGGAACCUAUCAUGCCAGUGAAGCAGCUGCCCUGGCAACCAGGAGAGUGAUGCAAAAAUAUGGAAGUACCAAAACAGCCGAAAGCUAGAGCCAGGAAAUAUAGGUGAAGUUGGAUUGGUAAAGUCCAAUUCUGCAGCAGGUUCCCCCCCAAGGGGGCUGAGCGCAAUGACCACAUCUCUCAUGAGAGGACGUACAUCUGCAUCUUCAGUAAGACACAUGGCUGCAACAGCAACUGCCUGAUUGAAGCUUUUAUUUGGGAAGUCUCCUUGAAGCCGUGGAUCAGCCAGUUCUACGAAUCUCUUUGGCUCCUUGAAUAUUGGCCCAGCCUGAUCAUAAGAACAAGGUACGCAACGACUCAUUAGGUAGCAUUUACAAUAAAUUUGUCUGUUUGGAUUACUAACUCUGGGAUUAGUAUUUCACAAUAAUAUCUGAAAAAUUAUGAAUAAACCCUACUUGCUAACCAUGAUAAUUUAGAGACUCUGACCUAUAAUAGACCCCGACUUGAUGCCAUUUAGACUUACAUGAUACUUUAGAGUCUAGUGUUCCAAUUCUAGGCUUAUUUGAUCGUAGAAUCAAGUUGAGCCAGCAAUCUUGGUUAGAUUCAAUAUCUUAAAUGAUUAUAUAAUUUCAACAACAGAGUUAGGCUCUAAUUGAUGUUUAAGUCAUUUAUACCUAACCCCUUAAUUAAUCUCAGGCUAUAAUAGGAAAAGAAGAGAAAGCAAAACUUACCCAUGCUACUAAAUUUUCUUCUUUUCGACCUCUCCUGGUAUCAAUAGCUCUUUUACCCGUGAUCAACUCCAAUAGGACCACCCCAAAGCUGUAUACAUCUGAUUUCACCGUAAGUUGCCCAGUUCUUUGGUAUUCGGGUGCACAAUAACCAUAAGUUCCCAUAAUCCUUGACGAUACAUGAGAGUUGUCGCCUACAGGUCCGAGCUUGGCCAGCCCGAAGUCGGAAAGUUUCGCAUUGAAUUCAUCAUCCAACAAAAUGUUGGAUGGUUUCAAGUCGCGGAAUAUGACCGGAGGUUUGGCCUUGUCAUGCAAAUGCUCGAGACCUUUGGCCGCAUCUAAUGCUAUAUUCAUCCUUCUAGCCCAAGGCAAUGCAGAUUUGCCUGGUGCAAGAUCUGCAGAACUAGGACUUCAUUAUCUAUAGCAGAUAUCUCUCCCGUAAAUUAGGAUAGUUACUAAUUACAUACGUUCGAAUGUGGUUAGAAGUUUUAAAUAGGAUGUUUUGCAAGUACAUUUUAGAGUUAUGUGAUCUUACAAUAAUUGAGGUUUAGUGUAAUAGCAUUCAAAGAUAAAAAAGUGUAACAAACUAAAAGAUACCUAACAAAUGUUUUUCAAGAGAUCCCAAUGGCAUAUACUCAUACACCAAAAGCCUCUGGUCGCCAUCCGCGCAAUAACCAAUCAAAUUCACGAGUCGCGGGUGGUGCAAAAGGCUCAACAUCAAAACCUCCACUACAAACUCUCUGUUCCCUUGGAAACCAUUCCGGUCGAGCUGCUUUACAGCCACAAUCUGAAUCCAACAACAUGCAUUCCUUUAAUCAUCCCAAACACAAUUUGCUGUGUAAGUUUGGCUGGAAGAAUAUACCUGUCCUGUUCUUUUGAGAUGGCCUUUGUAAACUCGGCCGAAUCCCCCCUCACCAAUGAGGGAUUCUUUCCUAAAAUUCUUUGUUGCUGCGGCCAAUUCCCGGAAGGUGAAUGUCUCAGCUUUUACUUUGUUUGCAGCACUAUUAUUGCUCCCUCCAUCUCUGAUGCUAUUUGCUUCUGACAAUGCCUUGUUGCUUGUUACUUCAUUUGUUCUUCUGCUAGUGCUCUCUACACAUGAUUUGAGAUUGUCUUAGGGCAUUCAUAUAUAUAUAUAUAUCCAUCUGGUAAGAACGCGACUUCGAUUGUGGUUGUAGAGUUUGACUUAGGUUGUAAAUAAGAUCUAGCACACAGUUUUUAUCAUGGAGGUAUAAGUGAGAGAGUUGAACCGGUGACUUAAUAGUUUAUUUACCAUAUGUCCUAAAUUACAGUUGUAUUUGCCUGUUUGAAGUUGUCACAUCUCUUGUGACAACAAGAAUAAGUCGUUGCGAACAUCAUUCUAUGUAUUUGCUAUCUUCUUCAUAGGUGUCAUGAACAGAAAACCAUGUCAAAAAAGUAUAGAUUUGCUAUCUUCUUCAUAGGUGUCAUGAACAGAAAACCAUGUCAAAAAAGUAUCUCCUUCACUUAUCUCAAAUACUUGUAUCCAAAUCUAGAGUUUUGUAGACAUACUUUCCUCCCUUUAAUUAUCUAUGUAUUUAAUCACAAUGUAGUAAAUCUACAAUUCAGAUUCAAGCAUGCAUUUCUGAAAUAUUAUAGUUUUGAGAUGAACAAAAGAAUAUAAAAAAAGUUUAUGAUUGUUGUAAUGCAUAGAGGAAGAGAGAGAGAGAGAGAGAGAGAGAGAGAGAGAGCAAGAAUUGAAAGAAAGAUGAUUGUAGAUAUUUGGCAUUCUUACCAGGGUGUGUCUGUGUGGUUGGGUCCCAAUUUUCUGUAAGUGUGUCUCUAUCAUUAUUAUUAUUUCCAUUACCAUAUCUCUUUGAUGCCUUUUUGGCUUUGGAAGAAAAACAUGAGAAACAGCUCAUUGUUUUUAUUUAAAAUUCCCAGACACACAACACCAACCUUGUGUGAUCACAGGAAGAAAUAUUGUUGCACAAUGAAAUCCAGAUAGAUUAUUGAGAAA